AUGGGUGGCGGCAAACAUCGAUGUGAAAUGGACAAACUAAGGAGAGACUGGUACGCACUCAAUAGCAACCUCCAUGCUCAGCAAGCUCAACGUCAAGCUUCGUCCUCCUCUCGUGUCGCUGACGACCAUGAGCUUUAUCAUAAGCACUCUUGCUUCUCUCGAACCGCUUCAGGCAGGAUCUCCACUGAAACCGAAUUCUUCCAUGUAGCUGAAGGUAGUGCUGCGCACACCUCACAUGCACCUCAAUUGGUCCCCGAGACGCUGAUAGAGGAAUUCAGCUAUGAUUUCGACUCAUCUGCACCUGAUGGCGACUUCGUUGAUCCUGCGUAUGAGAGCUACUUGGCCGAGUCUACUUUGGAGCCUAAGAAGCCUGUAAGGCCAACUGGUGACCGUGCAAUGGCCCAAUGGGUUAAGGAGGAGCGAGAGAAAUAUCUUAUGGAACUCAUUAGACUCGAAGGCCGCGGUGAUUAUGCUACCCGUGAAGCCUGUCGCGGGAAUUGUGAAUGCACAUUCGAGCCGGAGUAUCGUUGCAAGGACUGUUUUGGCACUGAACUGUACUGCAAGGGUUGCAUGCACUGGAAUGGUUAUUACUUCGAGGAUACUACCCUCAAAUAUCUUGGACUCCGAAUCCAGCUUGGCCAUGCAGUUGGUGAACGAUGCUUCAAUCAAUCCAAGGCAUUUGAUGACGAUUUCGUGAUUUUGGACAUCAAUCAUGUUCACGAGGUCGCACUGGAUUUUUGCGAGUGCUCGUGCGCACAAAGUCACACCACACAAAUUCUUCGAGCCCGCUUAUACCCUGCAACAUGUUCCGAUCCAAAAUCAGCUGCCACCUUCCGAGUUUUGCAACACUUCCAGAUGUUGACUUUCGAGUCAAAAGCGUCCGCAUUCGAAUAUUGGCAGACGCUCGCUCGUCUCACAGAUAACACGGGUAUCAAGCCCUGCAAGGAUCGCUACGAAAGCUUAUUGCGUAUGAUCAAGCAAUGGCGGAACAUCACGCUUCUAAAACGCUUCGGCCGAGGUCACGAUCCUGCUGGUAUCAAUGCGACUGAACCUGGAGGAUGUGCGGUGCUGUGUCACGCCUGCCCUCAUCCUCGCAAGAAUUUACCAGAUGACUGGAGAAUGGCGCCCCCUGACAAGCAAUGGCUGUAUGCACAAUAUUUUGCUAUUGACGCGAACUUUCGGUUGGUCCGGAAGAACGUGUCCUCUGAUAGCGUUGACCCUGGUUUGAGUAAAGGGUGGUCUUAUUUCGUCGAGGAGACCGGCUUUAAAGUAUUCCUGAAGGAUAUUGGAAAGGUCUCACAAGAGAAAAGCACUUGCGUCAAUCACAACGCCAUGAAUCUCGCUGAAACAAAGAACUCACGAGGGCUGGCUGCGACAGGAGCAGGAACCGUGGACUGUUCUCGUCACAACUUCAAGCGGCCAUGCGGAGUGGGAGAUCUUCAACGAGGAGAAAAGUAUAUGAACAUGGAUUAUCUCUUUUUCUCGACCGUGCAGCACUCUGAUGAAGUCAGCGUACUUAACGUAUCCUACGAUAUUGCCUGUCAGUGGAGCAAACAUCUAUGGGACCGCAUGUCAAAAUACCCCUCGCGUCUACACUUCGAGCGCGACGGAAAGACAAUGACAUUCCUUAUUCCAAAGUUUCACUUACCAGCUCAUAUCGCCGCCUGUCAGAUAUCAUUCUCGCAUAACCUUAUCAAGGGGAUGGGACGCACCGAUGGUGAGGCCCCAGAGCGAGGAUGGGCCAACAUCAAUCCCGUCGCUACAAGCACACGGGAGAUGGGUCCUGGUGCACGCAGAGAUACUCUUGAUGACCAUUUCGGUUACUACAACUGGAAAAAGGUGACUAACUUUGGCAUCAGUUUAUUGAGCAAGAUAAAGACCGCAAUCCCUGAGUGUGAACAACACCAAUCCGAUUUCAACGAAUUCAACCGUGCACUGACUGAAGAACGGCCGAGUGAAGUGGCCCAGUGGAAAGAAGUUGUUGAAAACUGGGAGUCCGACCAUUCAAGCAAAAAUCCGUUUGAGAUAAGGACGGUCUCCAUGACACUGGCGGCCGUGCGCCUCAAACUGUCUCAACAAGAAGCCGAAGACCUCGAAAAUGGGCUCAACAAUUCAUUGCAUAUGGAUAUCUCACCCGGCGUACUGAUAUCAUCUGGACUGGACCUUGAAGAACAACAAUACCGCCUACAACAAGAUCUGGCCGCUCUCAGUGCCCAUCCAACGGAUCUGCAAACGACGAAGCUGCAGGAACGCUCGAAUGCACUCCUGCGAAAGAUAGAGCAGUGGUGCAACAUUCAGUUGCUCUACAUGCCUGCAGUCGGACGCCUUCGUGCAGUUGAAACUGCAAACGUGCAAUCGCUCCGUGAGGAGAAGGCUCAUGAAGCACAAUAUCCUGUAGGGGUAAUGCAUUAA